AGAUCGCGUCACAUGGAAUGUUCACCGGCACAAUUUUCAAUAGCUUAUUCACAUUACCGCUGGUCAUUUCACAAUUUGUUCCACCACCAACGCGUCCAGUAGAUCUAUGGGAUCCGUUUAAAACAACGACAACACCAUUUCCCCAUGGCGGAGUAAACCAAGGGUUAAACCGAGAUGAAGUGGUUGUUCGACUGCCUCUGGGAGACAUUGUUGGCAAAGAGGUUCAUCUCCACAACCUGCCCUGGACAAUUCACAAAGAUCCAACCGAAGAGCUUCCCAAGGACGGAACACACUUUGAUCCGAAUCCACUGAAGCCCAAAAACAAUAUCACAGUCUUCACAUUUCUAGGAGUGCCCUAUGCAGAACCACCGACGUCUCAGAGAAGAUUUAAGCCACCACAGCAGCUUACCGUCUUUCCAGGGAAACAACCGUAUUUGGCAUUCAAUUACGCGGCUUCAUGUGCUCAAGAUGUUGAAAAGUCGCCCAGUCCAUUUGUAGAUCAUCCUUAUCCAUUCAUGGUCGAUGAAGAUUGUCUUUACUUGAACAUUUUCUCUCCUGACAUUUCCAAAAAUGCACAAACCACUUAUCCGGUAAUUGUGUUCUUCCACGGCGGGAAUUUCCAAACUGGGUCUGCAAAUGAGUGGCCAGCGCAUGGACUUGCUUCUCGAGGAAUGGUUGUAGUAACUGUCAACUAUCGUCUUGGUGCUUUCGGCUUCAUGAGUAUGGGAGAUUCUGAAACCGGCAACUAUGGACUACAGGAUCAGAGACUAGCCUUGGAGUUUGUGAAAAACAACAUUGUAACGUUUGGCGGAGAUCCACAAGCUGUCACAGUUGUCGGGCACGAUGCAGGAGCAGCUUCGAUCGGAUUUCACAUGCAGUCACCGUAUUCCAGGCACCUCUUCAGAUCGGCGGCCACAAUGUCCGGAGCGGAAGUUUCAUAUCACUCUUACAUUGGAAAAACUGCACUGGCUUUCAACAACACAAUGAAGCUGGGACGCUACGCAGGAUGUACACAAGCUGUUGCACAACAUCGUUGGGAUUGUAUUCUGACAAGAUCAACCGGAGACAUCAUUGAUGCAACAAGGAACAUUCCUAUCGAGUACAACAGAUACUUGUUCAUGCCAACGGUGGAUGGAAAAUAUCUCCCUGGAAACCCGCUAUGGACUCUCGUCAACGCGCCGAGUGGGGAGACUUCAAUCAUGAGUCCAGUACCAAUGCUUAUUGGAAUGAAUGCUCAAGAUGGCAGUGAAGUCGUGCUGGAAGACAGAAGACUCGGAGAGUUUAGUCAGUUCAACGAUGUCGACCACGAGUAUUUGAAAAGUUACUCGCUGGAAUAUUGCUACCGUCAUAACUACUCAAUGAAUCGGGAAGCUACCGCCGACGCGAUCCUCUCCAAAUACACUUUCUGGCCUGAUAGAGCAGCUGCUUGGGCAAUCAAGGAAAACUUUAUCCAAUUUGCUACCGAUGCUUACUACACUGCUCCGAUGCAACUCUCCUCGCAUCUCCACAGUUCUUCGGGAUCACGAGUUUUUCAAUAUGUAAAUAAUUACAACUUCAGUCGCCAGCAUCCAAACCUGCUAUUUAUUCCUGACUGGAUGGGAGUUUGUCGGGAUUGUGACUUGUAUCUGAUGUUUGGCUAUCCGUUUUUACCGGACGAGCUGAGACCGAUUGGUCUGCGAGGCAUAAAUUUUACGGAUACAGAUAGAAACGCGAGCAGGACGUUUUCCAACAUCAUACGUCGAUUCAGUUAUCAUCAGAACCCAAAUUUUCAAUUUGAUGGCAGCUGGGCAGCAUACGAACCAAGGCGUCAUUGGUACAUUAACUUUAACUACACACAUGAAGAAGACUGGAAGAUUCCUGGAACUCUUGCAAGAGACUAUCGCUAUCAAGAUGUUGCAUUCUGGAAUGAGUACAUCCCUGCAUUGGUGAACUACAUGACAACGACGUUUUCCCCUGAAAAUGUUGCGUACCGACGAGAAAUCAUGGUUUUCAAAUGGAUCACUGGAGUCAACGUCAUCAUCAUCGCUCUACUGAUAGUACUUGCUGGCGCGUUUGGAUAUAUGGUUUGGGGAAACAAGGAGGACGAGGAGGCGGCUUAUAAAGCAGAAAACCACCAACUCGUCGAAUACCGGGACACUGGUCACUCAGUGUCGGAUGCUACUAUUUCUUCACGGACUCGAUCACCAAGAUCUAGAAUAACCAAUCUUUAACUUUCAAAGUUUGUAAAUAAUGUAUAAUUUAAAUUUUUUAGAGUACUAACAUAAUAAUUACUAACUUCUGUGAUCAGAAUCUCAUUUCACUUACUUUUUAUGUUUAGUACGAGUUUUAAACCAUCCAAUUGUGAUCUCUAUUUUUUCGGAGCCUUAUCUUACUGAUGCCUUAUUAUUAUCAUAAUUGUUAUUGCAUUUUCAAAAAGAAAACAUGUAUUGUCUAA